ACCUACGAAUUUAUACCAAAAAAUACUCUUCAAUCUUCAUACAAAUUGUCUAUCGAUCUUCCGCUUAAAGCAUAGUGUUUUCGCUGGAAAAAAUCAUAUACAAUCCACAAAGAGUAUACUUACGAUCCACUUGUGUGUCCAAUAUACACACCCACGCACAAUAGUUAAAAUAAUUAGAAGCUUUCGCUCUAAACUUCUUUUUGUCGCCCCCGCCACCACCACACCAUUGCUUAGUUCGUCGUUUUUCGCCUCAUUCUGCUCGUUUACUCGUAUUCUCGCUCGCUUCUUGCAUUUGGUUGCAGAAUACCUAAAAUUCAAAUAAAAAUCAAUACACACUGAUUUCAGUGCAUAGAUCCUCAUUUCGCCCACACAUUAUUCGCUCAAAGCUCAUAGGAGCUUGCUUUCGUCGUCGUCGUCGCGGGAGAUCUUGCUGCAUGAUCAAUGCACUGAAGGAAAGCUUUUUUGGUUGAUUGAAUUUCGUUGUCACAUACCAAAAGUAAACAACUUUGAUUCAAAUUAUUUUACAUUCGCUUAUUAAAAUUACAACAAAUAAUUUAAAUAAAAUAACAUUGCCUUAACAUCGUCGUAGGCAUAAUAUAACAUCGAUAAUUAUAUACUUCUGCCGUAUAUUUAUAACUUAAUUCGCCGCUACCUACAGUGGGAAAUAAAAAUUAAAUAAACAUAGUUCCUGUUUAAAACUUGUUCAUUUGGAAUAGGGUUGCCCACUGCUAUUUUAAUUUAAUUCGAAUACAAAUUAAAAUAAGCUUUUUAGUUAAGAAAUUGGGUUAAAUUUCUUUUGAUUUUAUCGUUGCUGUUUGAAAACAUUUUUUGAUUUUUUAGUAUUAAUUCUACAAUGGCUACCAAACCUACUCUGGAUGAAUUAAAACAACAACGGUCUUCUACUAAAGGAAGUAUAACUCGUAUAAAAAAUAUAGUGGAAUCAACUACCAAUACAUUAACGUCAACUGAACUUGAGUGUCGCCUAGGAAUUUUGGAAUCUUACUUUAAACAAAUUUUAGUUUACCAAACCCAAAUAGAAGCCUUAGCCCCGACCGAUACUUGUCGAGGUGAAAUCGAAGAUUUGUAUAUUACUGCUAAAUCAAAAAUUAUUUCGCUUUUGGGAUCUGGUAGGCGAUGCAGUGUAGCAGAUAUAACGUUAAGUAGUGGCCCAACUUCAACUAGUCGUCUUCCAAAACAACGUCUUCCUAGAUUUAGUGGAAAAUACUCCGAAUACAAAAAUUUUAUAAAUUCAUUCAACAAUUUAGUCGAAUCCGAUUCAAGUUUAACUAAAAUAGAAAAAUUUAAUUAUUUGCUUUCGUGUUUAACUGAUCAAGCACUUGGUACAGUAAAGGCUUUUCAAGUCACGGAAGCCAACUACUCAAAGGCACUUCUUAGUUUGAAGGAGCGCUAUGACAAUGAUUGUCUAAUAUUUUUGGAAAAUAUUUCGGAAUUACUUGAACUACCAAAGGUUACCAAAUCAUCUCCUGCUUCAUUGAGGACUUUAGUCGAUAAUAUAUCUGCUUUAUUUAGUUCUCUUCUUUCGAUAGGGUCGUUUGAAAAUAUUUGUAACGCAAUAAUAAUACACAUAGCCAUGUCGAAGGUCGAUCCAGAAACGCAGUCCAAAUGGGAUGAACAGCUGGACUAUAGCAAGUUACCUGAAUGGAAAGAGUGUGCAGCCAUUCUCAACAAACGAUGCCAGUUCAUGGAAGCUAGAGAUAGCAAGCAGCUACGAUCGGAUUUUACUCACAAAUCAUUCAACAAACCAAAACCUACUUUUGUCAACAAUCGUCGUCCUCAAACUUCACUUGCUGCUCAUCAGCAUUCUUGUAUCUUUUGUCGGGACAAUACUCAUUCAAUUACAGGCUGUAAAGAUUUUGCUGAGCUUUCAGUAAUGGAUCGUUAUUUCAAAGUGAAAAAAUUAGGGCUUUGCUUAAAUUGUUUAGGAAAAGGUCACAAUGUUUCGAAAUGUCCGUCGAAUUAUAAAUGCAAGAGUUGCAAGCAAUCACAUCAUAGCCUUUUGCACAGGCCUACAGAUAAUAGUACUAGUGUUGAAGUUUCACAAGGUUCAUUGAAUACAACAGCUGCAGCACAUUCCGCAUUGGAGAAGGAGCGUGUUCUCAAUCAAGUUAUUUUGGCAACAGCCUUAGUUCUCGUCAAAGACUCAUCGGGUAGUUUUCAGUUGGGUAGAAUUCUACUGGAUUCUGGUUCUCAGGUUAACUUUGUUAAUGAGAAGUUUGCAAAUUCGCUCUGUCUUAAAAAACAAAGAAGGAACGUCGAUAUAGUGGGAAUAGGACAUACAGAAACACAAACCAAGUAUCUAACUCAAUCGACAAUUCGCUCUAGAUACAACAAUUUCGAAAUUUGUUUAGAAUUUUUAGUCGCACCCUCCAUUACAGGGUAUCAACCGGAAGCAGCACUUAACAUAAACAACUGGAAUCUUCCUACGAAUUUGGACUUGGCAGAUGAGAGCUUUAAUCAGCCAUCUCAGAUAGAUAUGUUGGUAGGUGCUGAAGCAUUCUUUGAUUUACUGGAAACAGGUCAAGUCAAAUUAGGUGAAGGACUUCCACACCUGCAAAAAACUGCUUUAGGUUGGAUAGUAUCUGGUAGAUACAAAUCGAAAGUAAUUGAAUCGAAUAGAUCGUGCUUCGUCAAUUCAAAAGAUAGUUCUUUGGACAAAUAUUUAGAGAAGUUUUGGGAACUUGAAGAGAUUCAGGGUCAACAGUCGAUGUGGUCUGAAGAGCAAACUGCAUGUGAGGAACACUUCAAGGACAACAUCGAAGUUCUACCCAGCGGUCGACUAAUGGUUCACCUACCUCUCAAACGAGAUCCCAACUGUCUUGGAGCUUCCUAUGAUAUAGCCUUCAGAAGAUUUUUAUCUCUGGAGCGUAGGUUAUCUAAGAACUCAUCGUUGAAAACGGAAUACGUAGAUUUUAUGAAACAAUAUGAAUCUUUAGGUCACAUGUCAGUCGUACACAAUCCUAAUCUCGAAAUCGCUCACUAUUACUUACCACAUCAAUGUGUAAUUAAGCCUGAAAGCGUGUCUACAAAAUUGCGCGUAGUAUUUGACGCAUCUUGCCGAACAUCGUCACAAAUAUCCUUGAAUGGAAUACUUAUGGUCGGUCCUACGAUACAGGACGAACUUGUUAUAAUUUUACUUCGCUUUAGACUUUAUCGAUAUGCUCUAACAGCCGACAUUGUCAAGAUGUAUCGACAAAUCUUAGUACAUCCAUCGCAUAGGAGGUUGCAGUUUAUCUUAUGGAGAGAAGAUGCACACACUCCUAUUAAAACAUACCAGCUUAACACCAUAACAUAUGGUACGUCAGCUGCACCGUUUUUAGCAAUUCGUUGUCUUCAGUAUUUGGCCGAUAAAAAUCAAGAUUAUUUAAGUCUAGGAGCUUCUGUUCUUAAGUCUGAUUUUUACGUGGACGAUAUGUUGACUGGAGCAGACGACUUAGAUACUCUAACCCAAAAACGAAACGAAGUUGUUUCCAUUUUGAAUUCAGCUGGAUUAGAGCUUUCAAAAUGGAAUAGCAAUCAUUUUUCCUUAAUCGAGGAAACAAAACAAAAAGAAAUAAGAUUAACUGAAUCCAAUCUCACGAGCACGCUAGGUAUAGCUUGGAAUCCGGUGGCAGAUGAAUUCAGUUUUUCUUACAAGCCAAAUCGAUCGUAUACAAAAUACACUAAGAGAUCCAUUUUAUCUCUUUCUUCGUCCCUUUUCGAUCCAAUGGGUUUGCUCAGCCCCAUCAUUAUUCGAGCUAAGAUCCUGCUACAACAGCUUUGGAUAGAUAAAGUUGACUGGGAUGCAUCAAUUCCACAAAACAUCGACAUUGAGUGGCGUCAAUUUAUGAUGGAUCUUCACUCUAUUCAAAAUCUCUCUGUUCCUCGAUUCGUGUUUGUAGAAAAUAAAACAACCUACCAAAUACAUGGCUUCGCCGACGCUUCUAUGAAGGCAUAUGGUUGCUGUAUAUAUCUGAGAAGUAUAGAUACUUUCGGGUCAGUAGAAGUGAAGCUUUUAGUCGCAAAAUCUAGAGUUGCGCCAGCUAAGAAGAAACAACUUCCGCGCUUAGAGCUUUGUGCAGCACAUCUUUUAUCCAAACUCUGGUUAAAAAUUCAAAGAGUGAUCGACAAAAACUUCUCGGAAGCAUUCUUUUGGACUGAUUCUGCAAUUGUUUUGCACUGGAUAUCCACACACUCAUCAAGGCUCAACACAUUUGUUGGAAAUAGGGUAGCAGAAAUUCAGGAGACAACGAAGCAGGUGGUUUGGAAACAUGUUCCAACAGCCCAUAAUCUUGCAGAUGUCGUUUCCCGGGGAUGCUCCGUAGAAGAGCUACAAAACUCGAUUUGGUUUAAGGGUCCAGCAUUUUUGUUUGAACGGGAGGAAAAUUGGCCAUCCACGGUAGAUAUCUGUCCUUCUCCAGAGGACCUUUUGUUGGAAAAACGAAAAACAGCUUUAAAUUGUCAACAACCAGACAAAAACCAUUAUUUAGAAACAAUAGAGAGAGUGAGUUCGUAUACAAAGCUCAUCAGAAUCUUUGCGUUUGUUGCAAGGUACCUUAAUUUGCGUGUAUGGAGAAUCCCGUUUCCUAGUGAAUUUCUGACAGCCAACGAACUGGAAUAUUCACUACAAAUCAUCGUUAACGUGAUUCAAAUGAAGUACUUUGCUAAGGAAAUUGAAGCUAUACAAUCAAACGCACCACUUAAAGGAUCCAUAAAUUCUCUAAGUCCCUUCGUCGAGGAUAAGAAUGGGCUUCUUUUGUUGAAAGUGGGUGGGCGAUUGAAGCAUGCAAACAUGCCUGAGGAAAGUAAGCAUCCAUUGUUACUGCCCAAAGAUUGCAUCUUUAGUAAGACACUAGUCGAACAUCUUCAUUAUUCGAACUACCAUGCUGGUCCAAAAGCUCUUGUCGCAUUGACCAGACAAAGAUUUUGGGUAAUAAAUAUUCGAGAGGUAGCACGAAGGGUAGUAAGAAAGUGUCCCCAUUGUGCAAGGUAUAGGCCAAAACUUUAUGAGCAGGUUAUGGGAAACUUGCCUGCUGAAAGAUUGACACCAUCACGUCCAUUUGUUUGUUGUGGGGUGGAUUUUUGUGGUCCGAUAUGUACCUAUUAUAAAAUUCGGGGCAAAGUUCCGUAUAAGACUUAUGUUGCAGUUUUUGUCUGCUUCUCGUCGAAGGCAGUUCACUUGGAAGCUGUGUCAGACCUUUCAGCUGAUGCUUUUAUAGGAGCAUUGAAAAGGAUGAUAGGUCGUAGAGGUCUCCCAAGAGACAUUCACUGUGACAAUGCGACAAAUUUCGUUGGCGCACAGUCAAAACUAAAGGAAUUACGCGAUAUGUUGUUCAAAAAAUCUAACCAACAAAACAUUGUUAAUUUUUGUUCUAAUUCCACCAUAAAUUUUCAUUUUAUACCCCCCAGGGCACCCCACUUCGGUGGAAUUUGGGAGGCGGCCGUUAAAGUUGCAAAGGGUCAUCUCUAUCGCAGCCUAGGAGGUGCCAAGCUGUCAUUCGAGGAACUGUCAACUGCGCUGGUGGAGAUCGAGGCCAUAAUGAACUCCAGGCCAAUAACUCCGAUGUCCACAGAUCCCAAUGACGUCGAAGCCCUAACGCCGGCUCAUCUGCUUAUUGGGUCUUCACUUAAAGCAGUUCCUGAGCCAAUUGAAGAAGUCUCCGACAUCAGCUAUCUACAACGAUGGCGACGAAUAAAUGCCGUCAAAACUCACUUUUGGAAGCAAUGGUCAUCAGAGUACAUCCACGAACUCCAAGGACGUGCAAAGUGGGCGUCGUCCAGACCAAACAUCACAGUUGGAAGCCUCGUCAUUAUUCACGAGGACAACCUACCUCCUCAAAAGUGGCUCUUGGGGAGAGUCACGAAAAUCAUCGAAGGUCCAGAUGGUCGAGUCAGAGUCGCCGAUAUAAAAACGUCAAGAGGAGAGUUCAGGCGACCCAUUCGCAAACUCGCAGCGAUUCCAUCUUGAAAGGAAGUCCUUUCAAAGGAGGCGGAAUGUUGAAGCAGAAAAUAUCAUCAUCAUAAAUCUUUACUUUUAAAACUUUGUAAAUAACUCUUAAAUAUUGGAUUUAAAUUCCAAUUCUGUAACUGACAAAAUUAAAUUUUUGAAUUCAAAUCUGUAACCUAUAUUAUACCAAUCGCCAUCUUUUUUGAUACUUAUAAAUUCGCCUUAAAGUUUAACUGAAAAUGUAACGUAAUCUCUCUUUCGAAAUUACAUAAAUUUUUGUAUAAAUACUUUCUAACGAAAUAAAAUUUUUUGGACUAUUGUACAACCCUUAGGGGAAA